GUAAGCUGUCUAGUUUAAACUGGAGGUGAUUGCAAGGAAAAGGGCGCAAGAGCGGGGAUAGCGGGAGGAAAGUUUCCAGGACUUUACACUUACUGAUUUCCCGUGCAAGUUCUCCGCUUCGUUUAAAAAGAAUCGAGCGUCGGUACUGCUCUCCUCCACGCUCCACACUGGACAGCGCUACUCCUGGUUCUGGUCGGUCAACUCGGAGGGCUCUCAGAUACUCAUGUAAGGAAUUUACCUGUCUGAAUGGAAAUUUACUGACAGAGCUACCAGGAGUGGGGAUUAUUUACAGGGCACUUCUAUUCUUGGUACCAAGCUCUGUAGUAUAUAUGGAGGGAUCUCAGGAUGGCUUGCACCAGAAAGACCAAAACGGUGGUAUCCACUUGUGUGAUCUUGAGUGGUAUGACCAAUAUUGUGUGCUUGCUUUACGUGGGAUGGGUUACUAACUACGUCGCCAAUGUGUAUAUAAAAGUGCAAGAACCGGUGCCAGAGAAAAAGUUAGAGGAAGGCAACAAGGGGGAAACUUUGAGGAUUAUAGAAAGACUGGAUCGGCUCGAGAAUGUAGUCAAUCAACACAUACAAGAAGCGCCUCAGAAGAUUGACGAGAAUGCCGUGGAAUCCUUCUCCGAUUCCUCAUUGUUCGCUCACUGGGGACAAGAUCUGAGCCCGGAGAACCGGAGAACUGCACUCAAGAAAUUCCAGUACUACGGUUACAAUGCCUACCUAAGUGAUCGCCUUUCACUGGACAGAAGCAUACCUGACCUCAGGCCUGAUGGAUGCAAAAACAUUUCCCACCCUACAAACCUCCCUCAAGUCAGUAUAGUGUUCAUAUUUGUAAAUGAAGCUCUGUCCGUUAUCCUGAGAUCCAUUCAUUCAGCCAUAGAAAGGACCCCUGCUCAUCUGCUGAAGGAGAUUGUUCUGGUAGAUGACAACAGCAAUGAUGAGGACCUGAAGGAGAAGUUGAGUGAUUCCGUGGAGGAGUUGAAUGGCCGUCAGCCCGGUUUUAUUAAGAUGGUCCGGCACACCAAGCAGGAAGGGCUGAUCCGCUCCCGGGUGAGUGGCUGGAGAGCUGCCACAGCCCCCGUCGUCGCCCUCUUUGAUGCCCAUGUGGAGUUCAACGUUGGGUGGGCUGAGCCCAUUCUCCUGAGAAUCAAAGAGGACCGGACUCGCAUCAUCUCUCCUUCAUUUGAUAACAUAAAGUAUGAUAACUUUGAGAUUGAGGAGUAUCCUUUGUCAGCACAAGGGUUUGACUGGGAGCUCUGGUGUCGAUAUCUUAACCCUCCAAAGUCCUGGUGGAACCUGGGAAAUUCUACUGCACCAAUAAGGAGCCCUGCACUAAUUGGCUGUUUUGUGGUAGACAGACAGUAUUUUGAAGAGAUUGGUUUACUUGAUGAAGGAAUGGAGAUCUAUGGUGGAGAGAAUGUGGAGCUUGGUGUCAGGGUGUGGCAGUGUGGGGGCAGCGUGGAGGUCCUCCCUUGCUCCAGGAUUGCUCACAUAGAGAGGGCCCACAAACCAUACACUGAAGACCUGACAGGUCACGUCAGGAGAAAUGCUUUGAGAGUGGCAGAGGUUUGGAUGGAUGAGUUCAAAAGCCAUGUCUACAUGGCAUGGAACAUACCGCAGGAGGAUUCUGGGAUUGACAUUGGUGAUAUUUCAGAGAGGAAGGCCCUCAGGAAGAGGCUGCAGUGCAAGACGUUCCGAUGGUACCUUGUCAACAUUUACUCAGAGAUGAGGAUGUACACAGACACCAUCGCCUAUGGGGUGCUAAAGAAUUCCCUCAAAAGUGACUUGUGUCUUGAUCAAGGGCCAGACACAGACAACAUUCCAAUCGUGUACAUCUGCCAUGGAAUGACUCCUCAGAAUGUUUACUAUACCAGUAGCCAGCAGUUCCAUGUUGGUGUCCUGAGUCCUACAGUAGACGAUGAUGACAAUAAGUGCCUGGUGGACGUCAACAGCAGGCCAAAGCUGAUUGAGUGCAGCUAUGCCAAAGCAAAGAGGAUGAAACUCUAUUGGCUGUUUACUCAGGGAGGUUCGAUCCAGAACAGAAAAUCAAAGCGUUGUCUGGAGCUCCAGGAAAGCACCGAUAAUGAGUUUGGGUUCCAUCUUGUUCUCCAAAAGUGUACAGGGCAGCAGUGGACUAUCACAAAUCUCUUGACAGGGUCGUCAUUAUGAUAGACUCUUAACUCGCUAAGGUCAAGCAUUGUCUCACAACAUACUCUGCCGGACUGGGAGACUGUUUUGAUGAGGAAAGACUCAAAGUUUAUGCCUUCUGAACACAGGUUUUUGUUUUUGGGGUGGGGGGGGGGGAUUGACAGAAGAACUAUUUCUAUCAUCUUUCUGUCCUGGCCUUCAUAUAAUAACCUCAUACUAUAAAUGUUGAACACUUUUAUAGUUAUAUGUGCUUAUAAAAUCAACCAGGAUUUGGUGAUUAAUAUAUUUUGCAGCUAGAGAGAGAGAGAGAGAGAUAGAGAAAGAAACAUUUUUGUAUGAGGUAUGCAUAACCUUCUUUUGUGUUUCAAAAUGUUGAAGUCCAUUCUGGGGAGUUUUACUUGACCUUAUGCACUCAUUCUGUACUUGACACUUUUUUGCUACCAUGUAGCACAUGUUUGCAACAUUUCCUGCUGUAAUUUUACUUGUGUUUCAGACUAGUAGGAUCAGAGUUUAUUAUGAAAUCAAGUUGUAUGGUGUGAUGGAAUAUGUCAGACGCAAGAUUUUAAAAUAUUUUCUAAAUGUAAAUACUGAUUAAAUUGAGAAUAUUUAUAAUAUCUGACAAAAAAAAAAUCAGUAUUGAUGAAAAAAGUGUAGUGUGUUUUAUUUCUUUUUAUAUCCACUGCAGAUGAUUAGGCAGUAAUGGUAAUUAAUGGUCUUGCCUGAAGCGGAAACCCACACUAAGAAAUAUAUUAAGACAGUCCAGCUUUAGUAAGUGCUGGUUUAAUGGGCAGUGUUGUGUGAUACACAGCCGUUACGGAUUCUGUUCCCUGUCAGUGAGAUGAGGUUAAAAGCUUCAAAAUCACAAAUGCAGAUGAGCACGCUUGCUGGCUUGCUGGCUUGCUGGCGUGCUGGCGUGCUGUGCAGUGGUAGCAAUUGUGUGUUAGUCAGUCUUUGACUCUGGUUCAAACUGACUGGGGAACCCAACCUCUGGAAAAACAAUGUAUUAAAAAUAGAAAAUCAACUGGACGUAACUACAGAACUUUAAGGACUAUGCUAUACUCUUGUGGGUCCUAUUGACAACAGUCCACUGGCAGAUUACCCAACUUUAUUUAAUUAACUAAGUCAACUUUUAAAAUAAUUAGAGCAUUGGGAAUAGGACCCAACAUGAGCAUAAUUGGCAGACAAUGAGGAUAUUUGAUUCUAUCUGUCUUUGGGUAUUUCUGUUACUGUAUAUUCUUUCAAAUACAUGCGGUCCAUUGCUUUAAUCUUUGUAUUAUCAGUAUAGUGACAUGAAAAAAUCUGGGAGCCAGUUGCAUUUUAAAAGGUGUUUGAAGGACACCCAGGUGUUUUCAUUUGCCUAAAGAGGCUGCACUUAUUUGGUAAUUGCAGGAAAUCCAGUCCAUUUGUUAAAUGUAGUGGCACAUUUAAAUGUGUUUAUUUUCAGUUUCUAGAAAAAGCAACAUUUCUGAGAGAAAAAAAGCCAAUCCUGCCAUAAAUCUUUAAGCAUUACAUGACUAGAGGAAAAAUGCUGUGGUAUCAAUUUUUGAUAUGCUUGUGUUUAUGUUUGACCAAAAUAAUGUUAAAUAUUUAUAAUACAAAAUGCCAUUAAAGCUACUCUACAGUAUCUGGCAGGGGCAUGAUGUCCCUGCUAUAUACAUUGAUUUACUAUUAAUACAAGCUACAAAAUCCAGCUGUUAUUAUCUUUAGUUAUCCCUCGACACUUCCACUGAGGAGAUGGAAAAUGAUCAGUCCUUAAGUGACUGAUGCAUAUAGUAUAUGCCCCAUUGUGAUGCCCCAGCUUUGAAUGAAUAUGGAUAUUAGAUUCUAGCAGGCAGAUUUUAAUUGGUUUUAAAACUGCUGUCUUGUGUUUUUUUGUUUUUGUUUAAUGAUGAUGAUGAUGAAGGUAAACUGGCACAGCCCAGAUCUGUUCUUAGCUCUCUGCAAAAAUAAAUUGCUUGGUAUUAACUACUUUUUUUUUUUUUUUGGCGUGGCCCCAAAUCCUGCAUUUUUUUCAAACUGGGAAC